GACCCGGCAGUCCACAUCCCGCCCCCUGCCCUCCUGCCGGCGGAGCAGGCCAACUCCGCCUGCCUGAGUCACGGCUGGAGCUGGGGAGGAGCCGGGGAAAGGCGGCCCCAGUCCACAGUGUAGCCGCGGCUGCAGGCUGAGCGCGCCCGGCGGUCAGGGACCAUGGGGGAGAGCGCUUUGGAGCCGGGGCCUGUGCCCGGGGCACCGGCUGGGGGCCCGGUGCACGCGGUGACGGUGGUGACUCUGCUGGAGAAGCUGGCCACCAUGCUGGAGACGCUGCGGGAACGGCAGGGCGGCCUCGCUCAGAGGCAAGGCGGCCUGGCCGGCUCCGUGCGUCGCAUCCAGAGCAGCCUGGGCGCGCUGAGCCGCAGCCACGACACCACCAGCAACACUCUGGCGCAGCUGCUGGCCAAGGCGGAGCGCGUGGGCUCGCACGCCGACGCCGCCCAGGAGCGCGCGGUGCGUCGCGCAGCCCAGGUGCGGCAGCUAGAAGCUAACCACGGGCUGCUGGUGGCGCGCGGGAAGCUCCACGUUCUGCUCUUCAAGGAGGAGGCUGAGAUUCCAGCCAGCGCCUUCCAGAAAGCACCGGAGCCCUUGACGUCAGCAGACCAGUCCGAGCUGGGCCCAGAGCAGCAAGAGGCUGAAGUUGAAGAGAGCUCCGACGAGGAGCCCUUGGAGUCCCGGGCUCGGCGGCUGCGGCGCACCGGGUUGCAGAAGGUACAGAGCCUGCGAAGGGCUCUUUCGGGCCGGAAAGGCCCUGCAGCGCCACUGCCCACACCAGUCAAGCCGCCUCGUCUUGGGCCUGGCCGGAGCGCUGAAGGCCAGCCCGAAGCCCAGCCUGCGCUGGAGUCCACCCUAGAGCCAGAGCCUCCGCAGGACCCGGAGGAAGAUCCCGGGAGACCUGAGGCUGCCAAAGAGGCUCUGCAACAAAUAGAGAGUGCAGCCUGAUGGCUGGCGCUGCCUGCUUUCUCUAUGCCUAUGCCUAUCCCAAAAUAAAUCCCUUUUAGAAGGCAGCACUCACUCCCUAAUAAGGAGCGAAUCCUGCAUCAACUGCCUCUCGCUGACUCUCCCUUCCUUCUUCCUUAAGUCCAGUGCCCCUUGUCCUCUAAAAGAGAUGCAUCCACUCACAUCUGCUUGCCCUCACCAUCAAUAAAAGCAAUGUCACCUUA